AUGGCUGAAUCAACACCGAUUGGAGUCGCUCUUAUUGGGGGAGAGCCCGCUGACGCUCGGCAACGCGGGAUCUGGGCCAAAGAGGAGCAUGCCCAUCCGCCAGAUCCCCUAGCCGAAGGUGUUUCCUACUCAGUUGAUCUCUACUCUGAAGAUCUCGAUGAGGCAUUCGAUGAGCUUCUACAGCGCCCGGAUCACGGAGCUGUCAUCAUCGCGUUGUCCAUUGAAAGUCAGCCCCGCUAUAUAAAGGCAGCUCUCUUGGCUGGAAAACAUGUCCUCUCGGAAAAGCCCAUAGCCGAGAUCUCCAGGAUGCAGUCGACCUUAAUCAAGUGGUAUCGCACCGAGCUCAGGGGACACCAACCUGGGCCGUUGCGGAGAACUGGCGGUAUCUGA